AUGAAUGUUAACUUGGUACAACAGUUUGGCUUACUCAGUCUUCUUGUAGUGUCUGUAUAUCCUAAUUUUAUACCAUAUACUGAAGAUGACAUGUUUGACGAUAAUUUCGAUUACUUUGCUAAUGGGUGUCCCGAGAAUACAAUGGACUGUGACGCAUUAACAGGCGCUUGUUUCGAGAAUGAGAAAUACGGAGGAUGUGGAACAUUCCGUGAAUGUGCAUCUCAUAUAUGUAACACGUGUACUAAAUAUGACGUCUCUGAUACUUGUAAUAUGUUGGAGGGCGUGAAAGGGUUGUUUGACGAUGGUUUAAGUGUAGUAGGUGGCCCUAAUGUGAAAGAUAUGAUAGUUGAUUUUGGUAUGGGGCCAAUGAACGCGGCCUUCACGAUGGCACUAAAUGAUGCCGGGGUCAAAUAUCAAAACUUAAACGGUAAGUAUCCAAAGAAGACAUUGUACCACAAAUAUGUCAGUUUAAUACUAUGGGCAUCCAGCCUCACAUUGGCAGAUCAAAACUCAAUGAUUGCAACCAUUGUUCAAUCAAGACAAGCCAGGGUUAGUUUCAACACCAGCUGGCUGGAGAAUCUCUAUGAACAGAUUGUCAUGGAAACCAUGGGAGAUAGGAUAACACCGUUAGUAACCAACCCUGGUAGGAUAAUGCUGACUUCAUCAAGGUUGUAUUUCCAGCCAUUCAAUAAUGUAGAACCAGUCCCUGUUAUGAAAAUAAAAUUGUCUGACAUAAAGAGAGUAGUGAAGAGAAGAUAUUUACUUCGACAAGUGGUCAGAAUGGGACUUGCCCUGAAGAAUCUUCAAUACAAAGAACAUCGACUUUCAAAUUUGCUUUCGGAAAACGUGGAGCCAUGGUACAUGCGACUUAAUCCCAAGGGAGAGGUACCAACGUUAUUGCAUGGAUCGACGAUUGUAUGCGACUCGGGGAAAAUACUGCGCCAUCUUGAUGAAACCUUCACGGAUACAGCAGUGCAACUAUGUCCCAACGAAUCAACCGACGAAUGGCGAAGAUGCAAAUACUUCUUACAAUGCAAUGACAAGUUCGAUCCACGAAUUUACACACUUGCAGCAGUCGUGUUGCCGGAAAUAACUCAGGUUAAACCAAAAAAUGUCAAUUUCACCGAAGAUAAAAUAAAAGAGUUCCGCAAAGCAAAACGAGAAAUUGUGCCUAAACUAUGCGAAAAAUAUGCAGAGGAAUUCCCUGAUCUGAAAGAGGCCUACAUUAAAAAGAGUUAUGCAGCGUUGGCGGCUUUCUCUGCGGAAAUACCAGAUGAAGCCAUGAUUCGCUCCGCAAUUAGUCUGUGUGAAGAUCUCCUGACAAAGUUCGAGGAAGACUUAAAAAAAAUCGUCGAAGACAACCAAGGUAAACCUCGAUGGCUUUGUGGCAAUAACAUAACCAUAGCUGACGUAUACUGGGGAGAAACGCUAUAUCGGUUGGAAGAAUUGGGAUACGAUGAGCGGUUCUGGAAUGAAGGAAGGCGCCCUCAUAUCCAGUCAUAUUAUGAUUAUGUUAAACAUACUGAUUGUUUCAGGGCAUGUCAUACGUAA